CCCGCCCAAACUCUUUCCCUCUCUCGUUGUUUUAGGUCAUUCGUGGAGGAGCCGGAGGCUGGAUCUAGGCGCUCGCAGGGAGUCAGGGAUCGCGUAGCUUCCAGGCUUGGAAAUCCAGGGUCUCAGUCGAUUUUCUAGGGUAGAGCACUGUGCGGGGGGGUCUUCGUUGAUGCGGCUACGAUAUUCAUGCUGGAGACCACGGAUUCUUCGCCGGCUCUGAGCCAAGACACUACUCCGGAGCAGCAGGAGCCAGUCGAAUCAGGAAAAAGGACGCGGCAAUGGGCAGCGUGGACUCAUGAAGAAGAGGAAAAGUUUUUUUCCGCGUUACGACAAGUUGGCAAGGAUUUCGAGAAAAUCACAUCUCAAGUUGUGAGCAAAAAUAAGGAUCAGGUCCGGCAUUACUACUAUCGCUUGAUUAAGCGCAUGAACAAGUUCCUGCGAUCAGAUCUUUUGAUAGAUGCGAGGAACUCCAAAGAUGUAGAUUCGGCGAUGUUGUGCUGGUGGUCGCUUUUGGAGAAGUUUAAGUGCUCGUCUUCUAAGCUUCAUUUGAAGCCUCGGCGUUUGAAGGCUAUUGCGACUGCUUUGGAGCAACAUCGUCUGAAGGAUAGGAAGAAAGCUAAAAAGAAGGUUAAAGCUCCCUCAACAAGCACGGACAAACCUGCCAGUGUUGUUGCUGGUGAAGUCAGGAAAAGAUCGUUCACGAGAGCUCCAGUGAGGCCUCAAGUUAAAGCAGCUAGUGAUAGCGUCUUGGAGCCCCCUGAAUCCGAGCUAAAUAGCAAGAUCAUUGAAGGUGGAAAGCCGGAAGAAAAUAAUAUGGAGAAGCAGAACUCUGUAUCAACACCCACGCCCUCUGAGCCUAACUUGAAGUCUAGCACAUCUGUUCCUCAAAUGGAGACUGCGGUUUUGAAAAUCAAGUUGCAGCUUUUCCCAAUUGACGACAAGACUAAAACAGCACUGGAGCAGGAGGGUCACAAUCCACACCUUGAGUUGACACUCAAGGCCUCGAAAAGCAUAAGCUCUGUGCUACAGCACUUGUCUCAGAAAUGGGGUCGCUGCUCUGUGGCUACUGGAGAUAUUCGUCUCUAUCCUUUCAUUCGACAGCCUUCCUCUACAAGCUGGAACUCGAAAGAUGUGGUGUGUGCUGCAGACGUUUACGAUGCCGUAGGAAGACCUUCAGUGUUUCGCUUGAGGUAUGGCUGGUGCCAAAAUGUUUGUGAAAAGAGUUCAAAAUCUGGUGCGGAGCCAGUCACUGUCAUCGAGAGACAUGAAGAUCAUUCUCAACUGGAUUCUCAAGUACCUGGCUGUAGCUGGUUGUAUGAUAGAAGUACGGAUGGCUUCGGCCAGCGGCUUUGGCGAGAUGAGGAAUUACUGGGAGCUUCUUCGGUUGAUCGCUUCAUUGUAUUGAAUGACGCCUCCAAGCAGGACGCCGAUCGAUAUUCUUUGACGCCUUCGGUGUGGGGAGGCGAAGAAACAUGCGAUGCGUUUUCUUUUAAAACGAAGGAGCACAUUCGAGUUGUGCCACCAGCUCGGGAAUCUGCCGCUUGUUCGCUACUCGGGACGUCGCAAGGCACAUCCAGCUUUGAUUUGUUCCGCUCAUCGUCAAACGCGGACGUGCUCCGCUCAUCGGCUUUGGACCUGUAUUGGGCCGAUUCAUUGGGAGCUGUAGAUGGGACGUUCGCGCACGGGCAAAGCCUGCUGUUAAACGGGAACUCAUCGCUCGGAGGUGGUAUAUCUACGAGUUUGUUCCCGGACAGCCCGGACGCCUUUGCUCAACAAACUCCAGGCGUGCUACUCUCGCCUAAUGACAUCCACAUGGUUGAAGUGGAUCGUCAGUGAGAGAGUGCAUCCAUCUGGACUCCCGGGUUGUUCAAGCACAGUUGGGAUGGAAACCAUCGGCGGUGUUUUAACUUUUCUUUCCAACCAACAAACAGCAGCAUUAAAAUGAUCUUCGCAGCGAGCUGGGAGAAAGAAAUACGUAAGUACUUUUCUCGUGCUUUUGACGCUCACCUUUGUUAAAUGCCGCUGCUGAAAGCCUCGGCUUGUGCUGCAAUGGCGAAAAGGUUCGCACUGAUGCUUGCUUGAUGCAUUGCAACUUCAUGGAGGACAUGGCUACUUAAAAGACUACCCGGUAACAGGACAAGCUAGUUGUGGCUGUUGUAAAUAAUUUAUUGUUUUCCAGGUUGAAAACCUGUGAGUCCAAACCAUUUCGAGAGUCUCGGUUUAACUUCUCCACUGCCAAAGACGCAUGUUGUGCAGCCAGUUUGAUCACCACCACAUGCAUGUCAACCAAGAAACAUUUGCUUUGUGAGACUUUAAUGGUAGAUUAAGAUCUCUUCAGAAACAUUUGUUUUGUAGUUACACGUAAUUUUGCCCAUGAAAUUAAUAUUAUUGCUUGUCCAAA